AUGCCAACAAAUCGACAGCAUACCGCUCACUUCCCAGUCUUCAAGCGUGGGGGUCCCCAAGCUGUGACAUACGACCUUUCACAACCGAGCCGUGUUACCAUCACAGUCCCCAGGGCAUCCACGUGGACAUCGGGGCCCCAUUGGCACGAAUCUCACACGGAGUAUCUCCAGGUCCUGCAAGGACGCGCGUUCAUGAGACUGGGAGAUCAAAACCGGCACUAUGGGCCACAGGACGGCGUGAUCGAGGUACUCAGGUACACCGUGCACGAAUGGCACCGCAUCGAAGGGAACGAAGGAGAUGAAGAUCUCGUUGUUAGAGAAUGGACGGUCCCAGAAGAUGGACAGAAAGAGGCAUUCUUUCGAAUGUUGAAUUCAUUCUUGACCGAAGACCAUCCGAGCUCUUUGUACACGGCACCAUCGAUGACACCGACUUGGCUUCGAAAAGUCCUUGAGAGGCAGAUCGUGGUCUUGCAGUUGUUCAGCAUCUUUCGAGCCUGGGACAACUGGCCUGUUCUGAUCGGCAAUGACAGUGGAUGGAUUAGUUGGUCGGUGACACAUGCUGUUCUGUGUAGCUGCUCAUGGAUUGGAUAUGCUGUUGGACUGCGAGGGGUUUACGUUGAGUAUGUCGGAAAGGAACUGGCACCGGGAGUAAAGCUGAAAAAGCAGACAUGA